UGGUGUUUUGGUGUCAUUAGGAGAUUAACAUCCCUAGAACACCGGAGGAGGAGGAGGAGGAGAAGGAGGGGGAGGAGAAGGGUGGUGGAGGGGGGGGGGGGGGGGGGGGGGGAGAGAGAGCGAGAGCCAGCAGGCAGGAAGGUUGGCAUAUUAACACGAGUGAGGCUCCCUUCCCGCCGUCCCAGCCAUCCCCGGCUCCUCGGUGGCAGCGGAGGGGGGGGGCGUUUGCGCCCGGUGCCCGCGGCCGCGGAGCUGCGGCGGCGGGGGCUGCUGGCGGGCGUGCGGCCGCGGCUCCUGCUCGCAGCCCCCCCUUCUCUCUUUUAUGAGCAGCGAGGCGGAGGAGCGGCAGCGGGGGACACCAGGAGGAGCAUUUCUUCCCCGGGGUUUAUGAAUGGCACUGACAUGGAGGAAAUACCGUUUCAGAAAGUCAAGACCAAGAGGAAGAAGUGCUGCCACUGCUGCUGCUCCCCGCCGGCAGCCGCGGCGGCGGGAGCGGGAGCCGGGCUGGGGGACCCCCCUCCCUUGCUGCUGCUGGAUGCCAUCGCCUGCGAGGACGAGUUUGACUGCAAGGAGCUGGAGGGUCUGUUCCAGAGCUACAACCUGAAGCUGGAGCAGACGUCCACCCUCAAGGCUCUGGCCGUCCUCAUCGUGCUCACCGCCAGCCUGGCCCUGGUGGAGCUGCUCUCCGGCCCCAGCCUCACCAUCUCCAAAGGCUCGCACCCGGUGCACUGCAUCAUCUUCCUCUCCCUCUUCAUCGUCACCAAUGUCAAGUACCUGCAGGUCACCCAGCUGCAGCAGAUCGUCAAGCUCACCUUGCUCUUCAGCUUCACCUUCUCCUUCCUCUGCUGCCCCUUCUCGUUCGGCGCCUACGGCAUGGACCCCCCCAGCGCCCCCGAGCAGGGCAUGUGGCAACUCAUGCUGGUCACCUUCGUCUCCUACUCGCUGCUGCCCGUCCGGACCCUGCUGGCCAUCGUCUUCGGGCUAGUGGUGUCCGUCUCCCACCUCAUCGUCACCGCCACCUCCGUCAGUGCCAAGCGGCAGCGGCUCUGGAGGACGCUUGUGGCCAAUGCAAUCCUUUUUGUCAGUGUAAAUUUGUAUGGGGUCUUUGUGAGGAUUUUGACAGAAAGGGCUCAGAGGAAGGCAUUCCUACAGGCCAGGAACUGCAUUGAGGACAGGCUGAGGCUGGAGGAUGAAAAUGAAAAACAGGAACGUCUCUUGAUGAGUCUUUUGCCCAGGAAUGUUGCAAUGGAAAUGAAAGAAGACUUCCUGAAGCCUCCUGAAAGGAUUUUCCACAAGAUUUACAUUCAAAGGCAUGACAACGUUAGCAUUUUGUUCGCAGAUAUUGUGGGGUUCACUAGUCUGGCAUCACAGUGUACAGCCCAAGAGCUGGUGAAGCUGCUGAAUGAGCUCUUUGGCAAAUUUGAUGAAUUAGCUACAGAAAACCACUGCAGAAGAAUCAAAAUCCUAGGGGACUGUUACUACUGUGUAUCAGGAUUGACUCAGCCCAAAACAGAUCAUGCCCAUUGCUGCGUGGAAAUGGGACUGGAUAUGAUUGACACCAUCACAUCUGUUGCAGAAGCCACAGAGGUUGAUCUCAACAUGAGAGUUGGACUGCAUACAGGCAGGGUGCUUUGUGGGGUCCUGGGUCUCCGAAAAUGGCAAUAUGAUGUCUGGUCAAAUGAUGUGACUUUAGCUAAUGUAAUGGAAGCUGGAGGACUACCUGGGAAAGUUCACAUUACAAAGACCACCUUAGAGUGCCUAAAUGGGGAUUACGAGGUAGAACCAGGAUAUGGUCAUGAAAGGAACAGUUUCUUGAAGAAGCAUAAUAUUGAAACGUAUUUUAUUGUGCCAUCCCAUCGUAGGAAGAUAUUUCCUGGACUGAUUCUCUCAGACAUUAAGCCUGCCAAAAGAAUGAAGUUUAAGACAGUCUGCUACCUGCUUGUUCAGCUCAUGCACUGCCGUAAGAUGUUCAAAGCAGAGAUCCCUUUCUCCAAUGUCAUGACGUGUGAGGAUGAUGAUAAGAGGAGAGCAUUAAGGACAGCCUCUGAAAAACUCAGGAAUCGUUCCUCUUUUUCUACCAAUGUUGUAUACAACACUCCAGGAACUCGAGUAAACAGAUACAUCAGCCGUUUGAUAGAGGCCCGGCAAACUGAGUCUGAGAUGGCUGACUUGAACUUCAUUACCCUGAAGUAUAAGCAAAUUGAGCGUGAAAAUAAAUACCACCAGCUUCAGGAUGAGUACUUCACCAGUGCUGUAGUUCUCUCACUAAUUCUAGCUGCCUUAUUUGGCCUUGUCUACCUUCUAAUAAUACCACAGAGUACCGUAGUUCUUGUUCUUCUGGUGUUCUGCAUAUGCUUCCUAGUGGCUUGUAUUAUGUACCUACAUGUCACACGAGUACAAUGUUUUCCAGGGUGCCUGACAAUACAAAUUCGUACCAUUUUGUGUAUUUUUAUUGUGAUCUUAAUAUACUCCGUGGCUCAAGGAUGUGUGGUUGGCUGUAUGCCUUGGGUUUGGAAUACCAAUUCCAGCAGUUCAAUAGUUAUCAUUUCUCCUGGUGGAACAAAUAAAACAAUGAAUGAACUUCCAUGUGACACAGCCCACUAUGCUUUCCUUUCCUGUGUAGUGGGAACUCUCACCUUGGCAAUAUUUCUACGUGUAUCUUCCUUGCCAAAAAUGAUUCUCCUGCUUUUUGUUACAAUUUUGUACAUAGUUAUUCUGGAACUCAGUGGUUACAGAAAAGCAGUGGGGGGUGGCUCCUUUUAUAUGCGUGGCUAUGAACCAAUACUAGCCAUUUUGCUAUUUUCUUGUGCUCUGGCACUGCAUUCCAGACAGGUGGACUUGAAGCUGCGUCUGGACUACCUCUGGGCUGUGCAGGCAGAAGAAGAGAGAGAUGAUAUGGAGAGAGUCAAGUUGGAUAAUAAAAGAAUUCUCUUCAACCUGUUGCCAGCACAUGUUGCACAGCACUUUCUUAUGUCUAAUCCAAGAAAUAUGGACCUUUAUUACCAGUCAUAUUCACAAGUGGGAGUGAUGUUUGCUUCCAUACCAAAUUUCAAUGAUUUCUACAUCGAAUUGGAUGGCAAUAAUAUGGGAGUGGAAUGUUUACGCCUGUUAAAUGAAAUUAUUGCUGAUUUUGAUGAGCUUAUGGACAAAGAAUGUUAUAAGGACAUAGAAAAGAUCAAGACAAUUGGAAGUACGUAUAUGGCAGCUGUGGGACUCGUACCUACUUCAGGAACUAAGGCUAAAAAAUCAAUUUAUUCCCAUCUGAGUACACUGGCAGAUUUUGCAAUAGAGAUGUUUGACGUUCUUGAUGAAAUCAACUAUCAGUCUUACAACGACUUUGUCCUACGAGUUGGUAUUAAUGUUGGGCCUGUAGUGGCUGGAGUCAUUGGAGCCAGAAGACCACAGUAUGAUAUCUGGGGAAACACUGUAAAUGUUGCCAGCCGGAUGGAUAGUACUGGAGUGCAGGGAAAAAUUCAGGUGACGGAAGAAGUUCAGCGGAUAUUAAAAAGGUGCAGUUAUGAAUUCGUGUGCAGGGGUAAAGUCAGUGUAAAGGGAAAAGGUGAAAUGUUGACCUAUUUCCUGGAAGGAAAGGCCGAUGGGAAUAAUUCACAAACACGGUCUUUAAACUUAGAGCGGAAAAUGUACCCUUAUGGGAGAGCAAACAUUCAAACAAAGCUGGGCACCAGCUGUCCGUCGGUGUCCUCAGCUGCUAGCUUUACUGCAAACGCUGGGCUUGGAGCAGGUCAAGUGCCUGCCAGUCACACAAAUCAAACACUGCAUUAUCUUCCUUCUGUGCCAGCUGUGAAGGAGGCAUAGAGCAAAGGAGAUAUGGUUGUGCCAUUUGCAGUGAACUUGGAGAGCAAUGGUUGCCUGCGUUUUUACCAAGAGAUCAGAGGUCAUAGGCCAUGGCAUUAACCAAGGACCACUACAAUCCAACCAAAGAGAACUUGAGGACUGCGUAACGAACUCUUGGGAUGGAACAUAUAAGGGCUAGCAAUUCUGUUAGGAAAAGUCAAAACUGAUUUUCUGGAAAUGAGGAAUAUUUUCUUGGCAUUUUUAAAGGGUAAAUGAAAAAAAAAUGAGAUAAACGUGCAAGCAAUUAUCUAUGUGUGUGUGUGUAUAUAUAUGUUUAAAUCUAUAUAUGCACAUAUACAAACAGACCUGUGUAGACUUACUAGAGAUUUAUAGAGAUAAAAAUAAGCAUUUAUUUACACAUCCACCUGCAAUGACAUAGCAAAGAGAUUUCUCUUGCUGUCAUAGCCAGCAUUGUUGGGUCUGGGAUUAGCUAAACUGCAUUUAACUGUGGAGUGUGGGGCAGCUGGAGACUCUCCAAGGCUACAGCAAGAGUUAGAGAAACCGUGCUCCCAGUGCGUAAGUUGAAGCAAUGAGAACAGUGUUCAUUGUGCUGUCAGUGGCAGAUUAAUGAAGGCUGGAUUCAGCUAAUUGCUAAACCCUAUUUUUUUAAAAAUUCUCCUUGCAUGCUCCAAAAACUUAAAAAAAAAAUCCAAUUCAAAGCAUAACACUGAGAUAUGAAGUAGAUAAACCACAGAGCUUAAAGGUGUGGCAGAAGAGCAAUAUAUAUUCUUUCCAUUAAAAAAAAAAAAAAAAAAAAAAAAGGGUGGUAGACUUUAGAAGUUGCUGCCUCUUCACAGGGCAUUUGACUCUGUGCAAGACAGAGGAGCUACCCUGCAAGCACAGCAAUAUGCUUAUGCAAUAUAGAAACAUUCCUUUAUGUACAGUGCUGAUUUUAUUGAAGAGUAGAAGGCUGAUAUUAUUUCAGGCUUUUACAAACAGCACAGGUCCUGUGGCUCAGUUCCAGGAUUUAGUUUUACCUUUCUAAACAGCUCAAAGAAUAGUCCUGUACUGGUGACAAACAUGCUGUUGCUAGCUUUGUGACAUUUGUAUGCUUGCCAGCAUAGUCUUCUGUCUUAGUUGAUUUUUAAAUUUAAGCCACAGUUUUAUUAUAACUUGAUUCUACCCAGGCUCACUCUUCAAAGCUGUACAAUUAUAGAAAGCUUUACAGCUUCUGAGAAACAAGAGCAGUCAAACUUUGCCCAAAUGAGUACGCUGGCAGACACGCUGGGAUUGUGAGGCCUGCUCUUAAUCUGCAUAAAAGGGAACAUAUUUUGACUGCUUUUUUCUUUAUUGCAGUCCACAUCCUAUUGUUCAUGGUUUCAUCUUGAAACGCUGAUUUGGGUGUGAAACGUGGAGUGCAGCUCCGUGCUGGAGGAGGGGGUGGUUGGAGGUCAUCCUGCCGAGCGACAUGUGCUCCAGGGAGACGUCCUGGUAGGGAUGCACAAGCUAACCAGCCUCACUGCUUUCCAAAACAGAAGCAAAACUUUACAUUGUCUAAAAACAGGCAAAACUUCCCUUUAACUACAAAAAAAAAACAAACCACCUCCCCCCCACCCCCCAAAAAAAAACCCCAAACCAAAACAGACAUGAAAAACCCUCCCGAGACUACAGAAGUUGUCCAGAUUGUACAGUAGAAAACUUGCAUGUACUUAAUGUCCCAUUUCCCUUGGUUGGGCCUAUUUUAUUGCUGAUUUCAGUGGAAAGAAGAUUCUGAGCAAUUCUCCUGCAAUCAACAUUUGCUUUGGAGCAGUCACUGUUUGCGUUAAAAGCGUAUGGACAAAUACUGUGUCAACAGAUGCAAAUGGUUAAAGAAAUGCUGCAGGAGUUUCCGUUCUCCAUGAAGCCACAUCAGGCUGCUGUGGGACUCCAGUGGUUUUCAGCAGGGUUUUUAAUUAAUUUUUAUGUACCCUGUCAGCUAGGUGCUUCAUUACAAAGCUACCAAAAUUAGUGUUGUGAGUAAAGUGACUACAAAAAAAAGGAGUAUUGCUUCCUAACUGUACUAGGUGUAUGCACUCUGGCUGAUCUGUGGAAACUCACUGCAUUUCUUUAUCUCCCUUACAGCUAUCCAGGUCCAGAAAAAUUCAGUUCUAGUUUUGAGGCAUUCAAAGCUAUUUAAAUAAAUACAUGUAGAGUAUACAGAUUUAAAAGAACAAUAUUUGCAUAAUUAAACUGAAUAAGUGGUAUCCAUGUAAAAUACACUGCAUAUUUAUGGGGUUUAGUUGGUUUGUAAGAACUAAAUCAUCACGCAGAUAAGUUAAAUAUUUAAGCAAAACAGAAAACAUUAUGUGCAAUAGCAUUAAUCACUCAGUUCCACUCACAAAGAGCCCAAGUUACACAAUUUUUGAAUCAGCGAAUUUGGUAUAAUUUCAUUUAUAAUAAUGAAAGCAGUUAUUAAAAGCAUCUUCAGACCCUAGCAGGAGAUCUGGUAGUACAUGAACACAUAGACCAAAUACAGCCAUUUACCCACACCAAAAGCUCGCAAUGAAAAAUUAUUUCUUUGUUACUGUUUUAAUAGGUCCAAGAUAGAGGCAUAUUGCCGUUGUUUCUUUUAUCACUAAGUGGACAGUGAGCAGAAACGAACUGUCCCCUGUGCUAAUACUUCCAGGACCGUUCUCAUUCCCAGAUUUAUUCCCAGCCUAGUCCUGGAGUAAUGUCAGUGGAAUGUGAUGUAGCAAGGUACAUUUGGAUCACUCGUUCUCAUGUUUUAAAAGAUUAUCAGGUGCUAGUAAGACUACUCCGAAGUCUUUCUAAGCCUGAUCCCUCUCUCCGACAGCCGAAUGGGGCACGUGACUUCUGUAAGAACGAUUUUCGUGCUGAAUGGAGGGACAUGGGCAGGAGCAGCCCAUCAUCAGCCUCUCGCUUGGCCCUCCUGCGGGAGGUCUGUGCCCCCAUGAGCAGGUUUUGGGGCCCGGGCUGGCUUCUUGGUGCUCCAGCCUGCCCAGUGUGCGUGUGACGGUGUACUCGGAGUCAGGUUCCAGGCUUCACCCAAGCCGUCCCAUUAACAUUUUUCGUGUAUUUGUUGUGGUGGUUGUUGCUGGUUUUACUGUGGGGAAAACUACAUUCUACUACGUAGUCCUGGUCUGAGCCGUACAGAUUCAUGAAGAAAGUUCAGCCAAGGCACAAACCAGUAAAAAGCCACGUGAAAAUGAUAGGCAGUGUUCAGCAGCCAUUCCAACAGGGAAAACUAAAUGCCUGUUGAAAUCAUGAUAUAAUGAAGCUGUGCUCUUGCCUUUGUGCUUUACCUUCCUAUUCAUAUAAUUUUUCCCCAUCUUCCUUUUCUGUGUACAUUUGCUUUAUUUCAGGCCUUGUGCAAUAGCUUUAAAUGACAGAUUUAAUCUCUCUGCUCUUCUGCAUUCUUUGAUAUGUUCAGUAAGUUUUAUACAUGGAAAGAGGUAGUAGUAAUGCUACUGAUAACCCCACCAAUGCACAUUUUCUGCCAAAUCAGAGAAGGUUGUCAUCAAAUUUUUAUUGGCAAUUGGCUGAAGAUCAUAUGUGGCCCACUCCAAUAUCCCUGAAAAUCACCACAAGGAUUUCCUUGGAUUUUUGUGGGAUUUGGGCUGUGUCCAUCUUCAUGCAUGCAGUUGUAUUUCUUAUCCUGCAUUUAUUAAUAUUCUGGUCAAGCUCUGUCACUUUUGCCUGGGUGACCUUGCUGUAGCCCCAGCAAGGAGUCAGUUCUGCCCCACAGUACCCAAAAGUCCCUCACGUUUAGCUGAGGACAGUAACUUGUUGCACUGUGGGCAGAAUGGCCUCCUGCACUUCUGUUCACUGUUUUGUGCAGCUGUUAGCUUGAAACAAUUAACAGAUACGAGCCCUACAACAAAGCGAUGCCAUUUUGGCGUGUCAGUGUCUGUCAAUAGCAAGCACAAUAUUUCACAUCAGUUUGCACGUUUUCUCUUUCAGAUAAUAGUAAUAACCGAAGUCUUUCAUUCUUUAUAUAAGGAUAUAGGUAUCAGAGAUCUUCAGACUAAUUUCAAAGUGUUCCUAUGCUACCUUUAUCUUUAAAAGAUUUUUUACCUAUUAUCCUUUGCUGAGAUUACAAACUGGGAUUCAGUUGAAUUACUGGCUAGAUAUUUCUGAGCAUUUUCCAUUUGCAUUGACUAGAACGCUGUUUUAUCCAGCCUGUAAAAUGCGUUGUUUUUUGUAGCUGCUUCCUGCUGUGGCAAGUCACACUCCCUUGUCUUCACUAAAACAGACGCAAAUUCUCCCUCGCUUUCUCUAGGUGAGACUGAGAGCCAAAAGCUUUGGCUCGUUAGGGCUGAACCUGCAUCCCUUAUGUGCCCACGAGGCCUGCAGAACUCACUAGGGGUUCAGCAUGCUUCUGAAGGUCAGGAGUUGAGCUUCUGCGGGCCAAGUUCUGCUUUGGGUUACACCGAUGUCUCGCGUCAGCACUGAACUGAGUAUUUUACAGCACUGUAACUGAAAGUAGGUCAUGCGCCUAAAUCUCUUCCACACUUUGCCUGUAAUUUAUCCGCAAGGCAAAAGAAAGUGCUUGGGAGUCACUGCUCGAAGGGAAACCGUAUAUGACCUGUGCCAUUUCAGUGCUUUGAGGAGUCUGAACACAUAGUAAGUAGCGUGAACCAUUUUCAUGUGUUGAAUUCCUGCUUGUAGCAGAAACAAAGCGUUUUCUUUACAUCAGCAAGUCCAGAUUCCGAUUCUGUGUUCUGCCCAGGCAGGAGGACUAUUUAGCCAUAAUGUUCUUUCAAGUUAGAGUUUUGUAUUACAGUGAAAACUGACAUUUUUUAAUUUGUGAUAAACCUGUAUUAUAAUGCCUUAUUUAUUUUUAAUCUUGUACAGUGUUACGAAACAACAGAAAACAUUGGCCUUUCAUGUAUUAUUCACUUUAAAAGAUGUAUUGUAUUAUGAAAUUUUGUAAAUAGUUUUAGCUCGGACAGGUAAUUGCAUGUACACUUGUAUAAAAAGAGGCAAAAAGGCACACUUUUAACAAAUGUUAACAAUUUUUGUAAGAGACGUUUUACAUGUGCAUGGAGAUUAUAAAUCCUUUGGAAAUGGACGUCCUUUUGCUUUUCCUUACAAUCUACUGCAUGCCACUCAUGCCUGACUUCAGUAAAGCAAAACAAAACAGUAAGUUUUCCUAAAUGUUUUUGACAUAUCACUUCUGGCACAGAGUUAAAUCCACUAGUUGCAUGUGCAUUCAGCAAAGCAAAAUCAAAAUGCAAACAGCAAAUAAAGAAGAAAAAUAAUUUUAUGAUUGUGAUCUGCCAACCUCAGUGUUCCAAGAUCCGUAAUACCGUAUAUGAAAAUUGUUAUCAACAUCUAUGCUGUCUUCAUAAGGUACCUUCUGGUCAUUAGAAGCAAUAAACUCUACUUACUGUAAUCUAAAAAGCAAGCAGAUAUUCUAGUUCAUAAUGGUGUAAUAUCUGACAUUCAGUGGGUAUUCUCUGAUACUGCAUUUGAUGUGGUAUUGUCAUCAAGAAGGACCAAGUGUCAAACCCAUCAUUGCUGUAUGCAGGUGCAACACUAUGGAAGGUAAAGGAGGUGAAUUUGUCCCAUUGAUGUUACCCAGAGUAUAUUUCUAAUGUGGUAAUAAGUUAUUGUAUGUGAAAGGUACACAAUGCAAAUAGAUUGUUUUCCUAGAUACAUACAUAUGUAUAUAUAUGUAUGUAUAUAUAUAAAUUAAUUUUGUUGCCUUAUUUUUGUUAGCUGUUUUGACUUUUUUUUCAAAUAACUUCUGUUGCUAAUCAGAAAGUAACAGAACUGUGAGGAGAAGAUUCACUGGGUUCUCUGGCUUUGAGCCGUCCAGGUUCUGUGCUGAUGCUAGUCCUGCUCCCUCUAAAGUCACGCUUACAGGGAUGCCUCCCUCGGGCAUCACAGCCUAACCCACCACUUCAGGCCCAUGUCAGUUAAUGACAUAGGAAUAAGGAAUCAAUAUCCAGCCCUCUAGCUGAUUUUUCCCAUGUUGCUUCUGAACAAAACUUUAAAUUCGGGGGGUAUUUUGCAUGCGUCAUUUUUAAAGUUGUCACAUCUGUGUCACUACAGCUCAGGACUGCUUCUCAAAUUAGUUAUAUACUUGCUGUACAAUCAAUGAGGAGUAUUGUAGGAGCGUAAGACGGAGGUUGGUGACAGAGGAAAAAGGGUGUGGACUGCAAAUACCUUCUACUAUGGAUUAAUAACAUUUUGUGUUUUACAGAUUUGAGCUAGUUUUAUAAUAGGAGUUAGAAAUCUGUUAAUUUGUUUGUUUAAUCAGGUGACUGUGGGGUUAAUUAAGCAGUACAGCUUCUGGAAGUACUUCUGUGGUCAUAAGAUAUAGAUUCAUACAAUGUAUCCCAGUUGCCUGCAUAUAAGAACCACUACCUUGUACAGAACUGCUUCAUUCAGCAGUUAAGGGUUUCUAACAAUCAUCAAUUAACUCAUCUCAAAUGUAGUGGGAUUUCCAUCUCAGUGUGGCAUAGUUGUUGUGACAAUGACAACGUGGACUCUGCUUCUCUACCCCAACCCUCUUUAUGAUUGGUUUCUUCCAGAACUCUGGGUAGACUUUUUUUAGCCUUUUGUUCCUUUUAAUCCCAUCUCUCACUGAGUUUUCAGGCCAGAUCUAAAUCAUGAAUAAAUAUAUAAAUGUAAAUAAAUGGGAGAAAGUACGUAUAAAGGGGGGCUGCCUGUUGCUCUUUAAGUACUCUUCAAAAUGUCACACUGCUUGGGAGGCCGAGUAUGACUUGUAAUCUGAUUGGUGCAAGGGCAAAACCAGGAAAAGAAUUAAAGAAAAAAGAAAAAAAAAAGCACAAAUUUAGCAGGAGUAUGAAAUAACAAAAAGAAAAUAAGCUUUUGAGAUAGCAGUUGCUGAAGGGAAGAGGUGAAAAGCCAGUACUCCUUCUGAAGUCAGUGGUAAAGUUCCCAGUGACAUGGGACAGGUCUUGAGUAUCUGAGCUGGCAGAACCAGAUUCCUAGUGCAACAAAAAUGAGGCUUGUGUUUAACUGCACAGCCAGAUUAAUUUCUGAGUUUUCACUUCUCUCUACAUUCACAAAGAGUGUUGAAGAUCUCUUGGUGAACUGCUUUCAGAAUUUCAGAAGGACUUCCUAGAAAUGGUUGGAGGUUGUCACCUUUAAUGCCUAUUUUCGGAUCAUGCGGAAGCACCUUGAAAUUUGAAUUAGCAUUGGUUAACGUGCAUAGCCUAUGUGCUGGAAGGACUUGGUUUUGCUUGUGCCUUACUGCAUGCUGGAGGAUCUGUUUCUUUAUAUUAGGAUCCCCGUUUUAUGCCUUCUGUGGCAUCAGACAUGCCACACCUGCAUAAAACUGAGGGAACAAACAGUGCUGCAUCACUGUGAAGCUUUUUUACUACUUCCUUUCCUACUUUGGUUUACUACCAGCACAGCUAUGUGGGUGCAAGGAGUGCUCCAAGUGUUUAUGGAGGGAGGCCAUACACAGGCACAUGUGGGUCCAAGCUAAAUAAGAACAGAUUUCCUAGAAAGCUCAGCACACAGAGUGAGCUGAGUUCUGCAGAAAAUCUGCCCAGAGAGUUUGGAGCUCCUUUGAAAAAGCUGGCUGUCCUUCUCUUCGGAACAGGCGUAUACAACACGUUGAUUAAAAACAUCCAGAACACUUACCUAUGGCUUGUAACUGCACUGCCACAGUUGCUAGACAUAUUUUAGCCUGCUGGUGGUAAAACAGCUAACACUCCUCAUUGUGGGCAAGGCUACAGUGUGCUUUAAUUACUGCAGUUGUGCAGACUAUUGUGUCUUACUUUCAAGUGCCUGACCUGCUGCUUUGAUCCUAGACCUGUCAAUGGUGGCAUCAGUUAUGAAAAAUUUGAGCUGGCACAUUGAAGUUACGUAGGUGAUAUCUCGUGUCUUUUACUCCUUAGUGCACACGGGUGCAAAGGCUGUCCUUACAUUUUAAAUGCCAUUUGAGAAACGUAUUAAGAAUUUUGAGUGAGAUGUAGAUGAAAAUUACUUACCUGUGCCAUCACAAAAUUGCUUCAUGAUAAUUAUAUUUUUAAAUUGUUCCAGUAGAAAUCCUUCUUCACUUAGAAUUCCUGCUUUUUUUACAGUAACAUUACUAGGGUUCAAUUAAGAAAAAAGAAAUAAAGUGAUUGUGUAACUUGCUCCCAUUUACAAGUACAAUUGUCUGCACAAAUUUGGACUUAGACAAAGCAAAUGCUGAGUUUCUUUUCUGCAUUCAAGCAGCUGGUUAUUACACAGAAAUAGCUCUGGAAAAUGUUACAGAAUACCAUAAGAAUGAAAGUAAUGCUUCAGAGUUACUGGUCUAUAAAACAGAGACCAAGAGCAGUUACCGUUUCUAGUGUAAUUUAACCCAAUUCAGAGAAUUCUAGAGCAGUAAUAUUAUUUUCAGUGAAAUUCUGACAGAUGUUAAAAGCCUCUUCUUGGAUGUUCUUUUUCCAUAAUAUACUUGUGUGUAGAUUUGUCUGUGUGCAAAUCACAGACAAAUACACAGAAUGUGGAUAAUGGUGCAAAACAGUAGUAAUAGACACAUUUCACAGUUUCAAGCAGAUUCAGCCACAUUUGACCCAUCUCUUAAAAUCCUUGCCACUAAAACUUCUGUUGCAACUCAGAUCUGUCUGGAUUUUCUCCUGCUGAAUAAUCCUUAUACUCUCUGCUGUCAAAAGGUUCACUUUUGCCCUGCUGGUAUAAGUACAAAGUUUCUACUUGGAAAUGAGAUGUGAAGUAUUUUUCUGAUCUGCUAACUGAAAAGAUUUAAAAAGCGUACGUGAUUCCUUCUUUUUAUAAUUAGAUGUUCAGCAGCCUCAGGUCAGAAGCAAAAAACCACUUGGUGCAUGUGUUCUACAAUCAAAAUUGAUCUUCCUCCACAGUGUCUAUUGUAGGCUUACCUAUAAUUUUAAGCACGCAAGAAAUAUUUAAAUGUAAUAAGCACCAUAGCCCUAAGAGGAAAAUGGUCUAGGUAUGCCUGCCUGCCUCUUAAUACCGCAUAAUUCUUCUUCAGAUGUAAAAAUGUGACCUGCAGCUCAUAAAACACUGCUUCUUAAGAAAUUGGUGCCCCUGCUGCCCUUAACUUGCCUUCAGUUGUUCAGUGCCAUCGAAUUUUUAUUGCAGGUGGUUACCGUCCGCUCAGGCCUGCUCACCACCUCUGUCUGUAGGUCCUCCACCACGUGGUUGUCAAACUUCUUUUUCAAAAAAAAAAAAAAAAAAAUGUUUCAAACCCCAGAUUUUUCAUA